AUGUGCAGUGAGAUGGGACGGGGAUGCGCCUUGGAGAUCUCCUGUCCCAAGUCAGUUCCCUUCCUGGCCCGUUAUAUGACUGAGAUGGACUCCAGGGAGGGGGGCUCUGGACGUGUGUGGCACUGCCUGACGUCCAGCAAACUCGGCAACAACUCCGAGAAGUCAGCAUUCCUGUGGUCCAGUCCCCCUCCCAGCGGACCUCUCGGCACAUCUCACAAAGGACACAGUUUUGUGUUGUGUUGCUUGGCGGCGGAGGUGUCGGUGAUCCGUAAACCGAAAGGGAAGACAAAAAAACAGCAACAGGAGCAGCAACAACAGGGGCAGGGACAGCCAGGAGGAGGGGGAGGGGGGGUCUCCGGAAAUAUCGCCCUCCGACGGAGCCCUUUCUUCGGACUAUUCCGGGUGGGAUAUGCCAACGUGCUGCUCGUCAAUGUGCACCUGUCGGCGGACGAGGAUGAAGCCAGAUCCGAGUUGGAGGCCCUGCACCUGGUGGCCACCGCCAUCCGGGAGCCCAACAGCCACCUCUUCCACCGCCACUGCCUGGGAGGUCUCUUUCGGAGCCGCAAGCCGCGCGGGCUGCUGGCGGUGCUGGGGGACUUCAAUUGCCCCAUGAGAAUGUCGGGGGCGGCUGGGCCCGCCUCCGGCCAGGUAAACGAAAACAGUUGGCAGAGGUUCCUGCGCAACGGCUGGUUCGACGCGCUGAUUACCGGAAAUAACCCCCUCAGCGAUAACCUCCAUGGCGGCGCAGCGCCGCGCCCUACUUUGCAUACCAACUGGCACGCCCAAGAACUAAGAGCGUUCGACGCCAUUUGUUUGCCGCUGACCCACGCGGGCCUCGUGCAAGAGCGAGGGGUGUGCCGGCCGCCGGAGCCGCAGCCGCAGACGUCGGAUUACCCCAACCACCUGCUAUGUUGGGUGCGGUUGGAUUUGGGGCCACUCCAGGAGGCGCCGGGGAAGCUGCGGCCACUGGUGACGCCGCGGCUGCAGCUCGCUGGGGAGGGGGGUGUUGCGGCGGCGGCGGGGGGAGGCGGCUGA